AAGAGCCAAGAUGGCUUCCUUUCCGUGUGUAAACAACAACAGCAUCAAGUAAACGUGAUUUGAGUUUAGGCCUGUUACCUCGCACACCCUUGUCUCUGGAAAUAUACGAGAAAUACGCAACCAAAAAUAGUAAUGUGACAUUUAACCAUGUGCUGAAGAAUUCUAGAAUCUGUGUCCUUCAGACAACUCAUCCUUCUGCUCUUGGUGGGGUAGCUCUAUAGCCAUGUCCUCACAGCAACCCACCAGCUCAGCCUCCAACAGUCCUACCAGCACCCUCGGCUCCCCUUUCUCAGUCAUCAGCCCCUCACUUGGUUCUCCUGGUGUGGGCUUUGGACCAAUUAGCAGUAAUCAGAUCAACUCUUCGAUGUCGGGGAUGCACUCUAUCAGCAGCUCAGACGAUGUUAAGCCACCGUUUGGCUUGAGGCCCAUGUCUGCACACAGCCCUGGGAUAAUGCUCUCCCAGAAACGCCUUUGUGCCAUCUGUGGAGACCGCUCCUCUGGCAAGCACUAUGGCGUGUACAGCUGCGAGGGUUGCAAAGGCUUCUUCAAGCGCACCGUGCGCAAAGACUUGAGCUACACCUGCAGGGACAACAAAGAGUGUCUGGUGGACAAGCGCCAGCGCAACCGCUGCCAGUACUGCCGCUACCAGAAGUGCCUGGCCAUGGGCAUGAAGAGGGAAGUGGUCCAAGAUGAACGUCAGAAAUCCGUGCAGGAGGAGCGCCAGAGGAACCGGGAGCGCGAGGGCGAGCUGGAGUGCAGCAGCGCCGUGAACGAGGAGAUGCCCGUGGAGAAGAUCCUGGAGGCGGAGACGGCCGUGGAGCAGAGGACCGAGCUGCACUCUGACGGAGGCUCGGCCGUGAACUCUCCCCACGAUGCCGUCACCAACAUCUGCCAGACGGCAGACAAGCAGCUGUUUGCCUUGGUGGAGUGGGCCAAGAGGAUCCCUCACUUCUCCGAGUUACCCCUGGACGACCAGGUCAUUCUCCUGCGCGCAGGUUGGAACGAGCUCCUGAUCGCUUCCUUCUCCCACCGCUCCAUCGCGUUAAAGGACGGGGUCCUGCUGGCCUCCGAGCUGCACAGAGACAACGCGCACAGCGCGGGCGUGGCGGCCAUCUUUGACAGGGAGAGCGUUCAGAGUGCCGAGGUGGGCGCCAUAUUUGACAGGGUGCUCACCGAGCUGGUCAGCAAAAUGAGAGACAUGGAAAUGGACAAGACGGAGCUUGGCUGCCUCCGGGCCAUCGUCCUCUUCAACCCAGAUGCUAAAGGCCUGUCCAACACCGGUGAAGUGGAGCUCCUGAGAGAGAAGGUGUACGCGUCACUGGAGGCCUACUGCAAACAGAAAUACCCUGAGCAACAGGGAAGAUUUGCUAAGCUUCUCCUCAGACUGCCUGCCCUGCGUUCCAUUGGCUUGAAGUGCUUGGAGCAUCUCUUCUUCUUCAAGCUCAUUGGUGACACCCCUAUCGACACUUUCCUCAUGGAAAUGCUUGAAGCUCCUCACCAGCUGUCCUAGAGUGGGAGGAGCCUUGUGGCUGGGGUUAGAUAGCUUGGGUCUGGGAAUUUGCUGGAGUGGGACUGCACUUUUAGCUCUUUGAAUAUUCAGCAAUUUGUCUCACUGCUGUCUGGGUUAUGCUAUUUAGUGCACCACAGAUUAGCUCUUUAGACCAUUCCCAAGACAUGCCAUGAUCUACAGGCUGGUGCUAUAUAUUAAUAUAACUUCAUGAGUAACUGACAAAAAAAAAAAAAAAGUAUUUUUAAAAAUGGGAACCUUUAGUUCCCUUAAUGGCUUACUGAAGCAGAAAUUUGGGUAUACAUUUUAUAUAACUAUGUUUAUGCUUUUUAGACACCCCAAAUGAUAAGCUUCAAUUAUGUUUAUGUCUCCAUGAACAACCAUAACCUUAAAAAAUAAAAAUAAAAGUACAAAAAAAGUCAAGCUAAGCUGGGUCAUGGGUAUGCAAUGAGGCUGUAAUUUUUCUUUUUACUCCUUUGUAAUUCGAACCAGAUCUUUUGGAGAAAAAAAAAGUUGUCUUUCUUGGGAAAGUAUAUUACUGUACCAAGCUUUCACUGUGUACUGUGUGUCUGUCUAUAGCUCCUAGUGUUUAAAUCCCUUUCUGAUGAUUUGAAAGAAACAAAUUAACCGUAAACAUGGGGAUAUGAAACAUACGAUCACAACCGACGGAGGACAGACUUGUGUUGAGUGUGGACUAGCUUUGUCUAGUAAUAUGCUAUUAGCGUUGUUUAUCUUUUUUGCUGUUUUGUAAUAAUCUAAUCACCUUGCAGUUAAUGAUUAGACUGCAUUGCACACUUGCUAUGUACUAUUUCUAAACCACACUAUCGUCAAAUGUCUGACCACCAAAUGCAAACGUUUUGUACUUAGGUGCUAUGACAGACAGUUUGCCAAUUAUUCGGUGCAGCCGUUCACCAAACUGCAAACAUAGGAAAUUAUGCAAGAAACAAACCCCUUGAAGAAAGAAAAAAAAUGUUAAAAUGUAGCAAUACAAAAUGUAUAUUGCGUAAGCUCUCUCUGCCUGUUAACUGUUCCGUUCAGGGGUUUUACAAAGUAAAUCAUUGUCUGUUGGAAAGGGAAUACUCCAAUGUGUAAUUUAUCUAAACAAUUGUAAGGUACUGUGCAAAUAUAAUUGUUCAGGGAAAAUACUAUAUAUUGAUAGAUUUGACUUAUGAGAUCAGGAGGCAGACAAAUUAUGUAAUAAUCAAUGUGCCCUUGCUUUUAGUCUCAACUUGUAUAGAGCAGAACGUGUCUUAGGUUGCACUGGGUUCCCUAAGUCUUUCAGCUGAAUCUCUCAAAUCUUUUUCCCUUUUUUUUUCUUCAUUUCUUUGGAGCUUUCGUUAUUAGUCGUAUUUCUCGUGUAUUUCAUUUCUUGAUGUCUUGUUCAUCAUACGCUGUCUCUGUUUAGUUUAUUAAACACAAACCAUAAUCACAUUUACAGAUCCAUGACACCUGUGGGCAUAGAAAUAUUAAAACAAGACCAAAUAUGAGUUUUGUAUGAUGAUCACGAGUGAACAUCUGAACAAGUGUAUUGUUAUAUUUGUCAUUAAUCUGCAUACACUCUGGAGCAGUUCCCAUCUGUGUGAGUGACUUGCAGCAUGGGUAGUGUGGACUGAAAAUAAAGAGGCUUAACUUUU